AUGAGUUUAGCACCAUCUCCUUCAAGCACAAUGAAAGCUCCAAGAGGAAAGAUUCCUCUUCCUAUAAUCACCACCCUAAUCUGUGUUAUUGCCUUCAUUGCUCUCCUCUACACUGAGAGGCUCAACUUCCUUUCUUCAAACUCAAUUCUCAAAGUCAAGUCCUGUUCUAGAAGAGAUGCCUUCAAAAAAAAUCAAUCUAAGGGUCUAAUGCUUUGUUAUCUAACAGAUGACAGGAUAGAGGAUAAUGAUGAGUCCCUUAUAGAUGAUAGGUUCGAUUUUGAUCCAGAAGAGUGCAAUGUUGCCAAUGGGAAGUGGGUCUUCAACAGUUCCCUUGAACCUUUGUACACGGAUAGAAGCUGUACAUACCUUGAUAGACAAGUGUCUUGUGUCAAAAAUGGACGGCCCGAUACCAACUACCGUCACUGGGAAUGGCAGCCGGAAGAUUGCACCCUGCCAAGCUUUAGUCCAGAACUUGCCCUUAAGAAACUUAGAGGAAAGAGGCUAUUGUUUGUUGGGGAUUCAUUACAAAGAGGUCAAUGGCAAUCUUUUGUUUGCUUGGUUGAGUCAAUCAUACCUGAAGAUCAAAAGUCCAUGAAAAGUGGACGCUCUCAUUCAGUCUUCAAAGCAAAGGAGUAUAAUGCCACCAUUGAAUUCUACUGGGCCCCAUUUCUGGUUGAGUCCAACACUGAUCUCAAAAUAAUAGCAGAUCCAAAGAAAAGGAUACUAAAAGUGGAUUCAGUUGCCAAGCAUGCCAAAAACUGGAUGGGAGUGGAUAUCCUUGUGUUUAAUACUUAUGUUUGGUGGAUGAGUGGUCUGAAGAUCAAGUCCUUAUGGGGUUCGUUUGCAAAUGGGGAAGAAGGAUAUGAAGAGCUGGAGGCAUCAGUAGCUUACAGAAUAGGUUUGAAAACAUGGGCAAAUUGGGUUGACUCAACUGUUAAUCCAAACAAGACCAGAGUCUUCUUCACAACUAUGUCCCCUACACAUCAGAGAAGCGCGGACUGGAACCACAAGGGUGGAAUUAAGUGCUUCAACGACACAAAGCCGGUCACUAAGAAGGGUCACUGGGGAACCGGUUCAGACAAACAGAUAAUGAAAGUGGUGGCGGAUGUAGUUGAGAGAAUGAAAGUUCCUGUUUCCGUCAUCAACGUCACACAGAUUUCUGAGUACAGAGUCGAUGCUCACACGUCUGUUUACACAGAGACUGGAGGCAAACUGUUGACUGAUGAGCAAAAGGCUGAUCCUCUACACCAUGCAGAUUGUAUACAUUGGUGUCUGCCUGGAGUACCAGAUACUUGGAAUCAAAUUCUUUUGGCAAAUUUGUAACAUGUCGCAUAAUUCGCAACUUUCGCACUUUUUUACGUCACAAUGUGU